AUGGCCAUGUCAAAAAUACCUAAUAAUAAACCUGGAGAUUUAAGCUCUACAAAAGAUAUAUUUGUUUCAGCUGUACGCUUUGCAGUGUCUAUUGAGGGACCAUGUUUACCCUUUGGUGACGAGCUAAGAAUCUCUGCUCAAGAGCAAAUUGACUACAUGCUAGGAGAAGAUGGAGAUACUACGGUCAUUGUUGCUGAUGACGAAGUACAGUCAGAAGUAACAAUGGGUGUUUACAAUAUCAUUCAUUCAUUUGAAACGGAUUUGUCUUCCUUGCUUUUGGACGCUUCCCUUGAGCCUGAGGGUGUGUACAAUAGGAUAAUGAAAAGGGUAUCUGAUCUUGAAUGGAUGUGCAAUGUGCUCCCAAAGAUGGAUUUGAUGAAGAAUUUUGUUUCUAACUGGGCUGCAAUUUCAGGUAAAAUUUUGGGGAUCAUUGAAGACAAGAAACUUGACCGUGUAAUGUGGGGGCUGAAAGUAAAAUUGAUAGAAGUAGCAUGUAAAGUUUUGGAAGCAGUUGGUUAUGGUAGUGUGAUUCUUCCAGCUCCAUGUAGAGUGCAAUUGCUGAAGACCUGGUUUCCGUAUGUCCGGAAGAUGAAGCCCUUGUUGGAUUCAAAAGCCGUUGAGGAGACUGGUUUUCCUUACAAAAUGGAUGAAGAUUUGUGCCAGGCCAUUGAGGGAGCAAUUGUGUCACUGAUAUUGACAUUGCCAUCAAAUGAUCAAGCAGACAUUUUGGCAGACUGGAUCAAUAGUAGGGAAGUUGGAUACCCUGACUUGAGUGAGGCUUUUGAGGUCUGGUGUUAUAGAACCAAAUCUGCCAAAAGGAGAUUAGAGGAAGGUUUAGAUGGGCACAGUGAUACUGCUGUCAGCCCUUGA